AUACACAUUUGACAUUUCAGUGCUCCAUUUUUUUUUUGAAUCGUAUCGGACUUCAAAAUUCUCGCUCGCUUAGAUCACUCCGUCGGCCGCCCCCAAUUCUCCUGCGGGAAGAUGGCCUCACUUACCCUCACCUCCGCCGUGCACAACCGUCUCCGGCCACUCCCCUGCAACAAGCCUCUUCAACACUCUGUUCGAUCUCGAGACUUCAGCUACAAAUCCCACGCAUCUAAUGUUUCGCUGAGGUCCUCGCUCAGGUUAUCUCCCGGAAUUCAUAUCCCCCGCCUUCCACACCACGUGGUGAAGGCGGCUGUAUCCGGGCCAGGGGAGUUGGUCCCGGAGGCUCCGAAGAUUCCGGAGGUCCAGCCUUGGCAGGGCGCCUCGAUUCAGCCACUCAUAGCUUCCAUCGCCACAGGGAUCCUUCUCUGGUUUGUUCCGCACCCAGCCGGCGUUUCACGCAAUGCGUGGCAAUUGCUGUCUAUUUUCCUGGCCACCAUUGUGGGAAUCAUUACCCAGCCUCUGCCUCUAGGGGCCGUGGCAUUAAUGGGCCUAGGCACUUGCGUGUUGACGAAAACUCUUCCAUUUGCAGCGGCAUUCUCAGCCUUUGGGGAUCCCAUACCCUGGCUAAUUGCACUGGCGUUUUUCUUCGCUAGGGGAUUCAUUAAAACGGGGUUGGGGAAUAGAAUUGCAUACCAGUUCGUGUCUUUGUUCGGAAGCUCUUCGUUAGGACUGGGUUACAGUUUGGUAUUCAGCGAAGCACUUUUAGCCCCAGCGAUUCCAUCUGUUUCUGCAAGGGCCGGAGGAAUUUUCUUGCCGCUGGUAAAAUCUCUCUGUGUGGCUUGUGGCAGCAAUGCAGGUGAUGGGACGGAGGGGAAGUUGGGAUCGUGGCUGAUGUUAACUUGCUUCCAGACAUCUGUGAUUUCAUCAUCUAUGUUCUUGACUGCAAUGGCUGCUAACCCUUUGAGUGCCAAUUUGACUGAGGCCACGAUAGGUCACACCAUUGGCUGGAUGGAUUGGGCUAAAGCUGCCAUUGUGCCAGGUUUAGUGUCUUUGGUUGUAGUGCCGUUGCUGCUGUAUAUCAUCUAUCCACCAACAGUGAAGAGUAGCCCAGAUGCACCUAAGCUUGCAAGGGAGAAAUUGGAGAAGAUGGGGCCAAUGUCAAAGAAUGAGAUCGUUAUGGCCGGAACCCUGCUACUCACGGUGGGGCUGUGGGUUUUUGGUAGUAUGCUAAAAGUUGAUGCUGUAACUGCAGCAAUUCUUGGUUUAUCUGUCCUUCUUGUGACUGGAGUUGUCACUUGGAAGGAAUGCUUAGCUGAAUCAGUUGCGUGGGAUACUCUGACUUGGUUUGCUGCCCUCAUCGCAAUGGCUGGUUAUCUGAAUAAAUAUGGCCUUAUCUCCUGGUUUAGUGAGACAGUUGUUAAGGUUGUUGGCGGGUUAGGUCUUUCAUGGCAGCUGUCAUUUGGCAUUUUAGUUCUUCUCUACUUUUACUCGCACUAUUUCUUUGCCAGCGGAGCUGCUCAUAUUGGAGCCAUGUUCACAGCAUUCCUAUCUGUGGCCAGUGCUCUCGGAACUCCACCAUAUCUGGGAGCCUUGGUACUCUCAUUCCUCUCCAACCUCAUGGGUGGGAUCACACACUAUGGGAUUGGAUCGGCACCUGUGUUCUAUGGUGCAAACUACGUUCCUCUUGCAAAGUGGUGGGGCUAUGGAUUCUUGAUCUCAGUUGUUAAUAUCGUCAUUUGGCUCGGAGUUGGAGGGAUUUGGUGGAAGGCCAUUGGAUUGUGGUAGUGCUAGCUCCCUAGUUUGUUGGUCGUUCAAGAUUUACGGCGUUUUGUUGUUCAUCAGUUGUGUGUUUUUUUCUUUUUCAUUAUUUACCUUAGGAAUAAUAGCCGAAUGAAGGAUGCACACCGUUUGAUCCAUUUGUAGUUCAAGUCUAGACUUGUAUGCUUAUAGAAUUGAUUUUUGAACAUAGAACAUGAAACUGGAAUGAGUUUCAUGUUCUUGAUUUAAUGAUAUUCUGCCAUUCUUAUUGUAUUUUG